GGAACCUGAUGCGACUACAGCGCCACUCGCCACAUGCGAUUGCCGCUCCGUCGCGCAACACCGCCGAGUUUGUUUUGAAACGAGUGUGGCUGCUCGCGUGGGCCUCGGCUCUUGCCUCUCGUAAAGAAGCUCGCCCAAAUUUUUUCAGGUAGGAAAGCGUGCCAAGGAAGGCAAGAGCGCCUUCUAAGCUUUGCAAGAAAAGGUCGCCGUGGCACGCUGAUCAUCACGGAGUGUAAUUAUACAUACACGCUUGCCAAGGUUCACUGCACGACGUUUCAAGAAAGACAGCCGACAUGGCUGACUACACGUUUCCGAAGCAGGAGUACGACUUCUGCUUUCCGGUCAUUAUUAUUGGAGAUACGUAUGUCGGCAAAUCCUCCCUCCUGCUCAAAUUUGCGGAUGAUUCAUUCCAAGAACACAUCGAUACAAUUAACGUUGGCUACGUAGAAAAAGUGCUACAAAUAGAGGGCUCCAGGAUAAUGCUGCGGGUGAUGGACACGUUUGGGAACGUUCGAUACUGGAGGUAUAAUACCUCAUGCUGUCGCAAAGUACGGGGUAUCAUCGUAGCUUACGACGUCACAAGCCAGAAAAGUUUCAACCAAGUCGGACAUUUGCUGGAGCUCGUUGACGCUCACGCAAGGAAGGACUCCUGCAAGUUUCUGAUAGGGUGCAAAAACGACCUCAGAACAAAGAAAACUGUUGACUUCGACACAGCAAAGGCGUUUGCAGACCAGCAGGGCCUAGAGUUCUUCGAGACGAGCGCUAAAGACGGAACCAACGUGGAAGAAGCAUUCAUGGCGAUGGCAACAGAAAUAAUGCACCGUCCACCUCCACCGGUCACAAGAACUAGGCCCCCGAAUGACUUGGUCGGAGUCGAUGGCGGUCAACCUGCCAAAAAGACCAGCUGGUUUUCUCGUCUCUUCGAUAAAUCAUAAUGAGAACUUGCUGCCCUUGCCUUUCAUGGAAGGACAUGGAGUGUCGCGCAGCAGCGCACAAGAAAAGAAA